CCUGAGUGGAUGGCUCCAGAAGUUCUUCGCGAUGAGCCAUCCAAUGAGAAAUCAGAUGUUUACAGCUUUGGUGUCAUCUUGUGGGAGCUUGCAACAUUGCAACAGCCUUGGAGUAAUUUGAAUCCACCACAGUCUUUAAGAUCUGAUGAAUUCAAUGAGCCCUGGAAACGCCCUUCUUUUUCAAGUAUUAUGGAUUCUUUGAAAGUAUUGCUCAAACCCCCUAUACCUCAACCUGGUCGUCCAAACAUUCCCAGUGAAGGGAAUAUUAUCAAUUUUCAAGUGGGGAGUGGGGACAUUAUCUUCCGGAUAUAUUUGUAA